CAUUUCUAUAUAUAAUAACUAAUCUCCAAAAAAAAUCAACUGUCUUAAUUGACUUCCAAGGAAGAAGGUAAUAGUCCAUAGAUUGUCCAUCCAUCCAUCCAUCCAUCCUUUAACAACAGAGAGAGAGAGAGGGGAAGACAAUUUUAUAGUUUGUCAGUUUGGAUCUCUAAAAAAGAUGAUCCCGGGUUCUACUAAUUCAUGUUUUUCUACUGGAGUUUAUGGUCACUUGUCUGAUCAUCAAGAUGUUGUUUCAUCAUCCACAAUUAAUCAUCAUCAACAUCAAGCUAGUGUUGCUAAUUCAGCCGACACGAAUUCCGUGAAUCCGGGUAGUUUCUUGUACAAUCUCUCGGUUCUGAAAGACAAAGUUCAUCAUGUUCAGUCCUUGGCAUCCAUGUUUGUUUCCUCGGAUCAUCAUCAUAGUCAUCAACAGCAGUAUCCUCAGUCAACGGCCAUGGCCAUAGCUAGCAUGGGUACGUUAAUUCAAGAAAUUAUUGUUACUGCUUCUUCUUUGAUGUUUACUUGCCAGCAGAUUUCUCUUGGUAAUAAUAGUGUUGGAGGGACAUCUUCAUCAGGAAUCAAUACGAAUUAUAAUAUCAUUAAUAACAGUAACAAUAUUGCCAGUAAUAAUACUCAAUUGCACCCGACCCCGACCCAGAACCACCACGAACAACAUCCAGUAGUAGGGCACCUACAAACUGGUAGUGGUCGUGGUGAUGGUGGGACUCGGCCGGUUUUGCAAUUCGAGGAAGAAAGAGGACAAGGGUUUUAUUCCAAAAGUGAUGGCGGGCUUACGGAUUGGUAUGGUGGUGAAAAUAGUUAUAAUAAUUGUAGCGUAAAUGAUCACAACACUACUACUACUAGGACUACUAGUAUUAGUGUCACGGUUACUAGCCAGAAUAAUGAUGCUGUUGGGAAAGGGGAUUCUUCAUUAUUGGCUCGUCCAAAGGAUCAGAAUAUUGUUGAAGAAUUGGGGAAAUUCUCACCAAAGAAUUAUGAUAUUGUGGAGUUGGAUGCUGCUGAUUUGUUAGCAAAGUACACACAUUAUUGUCAAGUGUGUGGGAAAGGGUUCAAAAGGGAUGCCAAUUUGAGAAUGCAUAUGAGGGCUCAUGGGGAUGAAUACAAGUCUAGUGCUGCUUUGAGCAACCCUUUAAAGAAUAGUAAUUUGGGUGGAAAUGGGAAAGAAAUAGAGGGUUUGCUUAAGCUGCCCAGGAAAUAUUCAUGCCCACACGAAGGUUGUAGGUGGAACAAGAAGCAUGCCAAGUUUCAACCUUUGAAAUCCAUGAUUUGUGUCAAGAAUCAUUACAAGAGAAGCCAUUGUCCGAAGAUGUACGUGUGCAAACGUUGUAAUCGGAAGCAGUUCUCAGUUCUUUCGGAUUUAAGGACUCAUGAAAAGCAUUGUGGAGAUCUCAAAUGGCAGUGUUCUUGUGGCACUACAUUUUCAAGGAAAGAUAAGCUUUUGGGACAUGUUGCUUUGUUCAUUGGCCAUACUCCUGCGGUUAGUUCUUUGGCAAAGAUGGGGAAAGCAACUGAUCAAAAUCCAGGAUCGCAAAUGCAAUUGGAUCUUGCAUGAUUUAGGUAAAUCUUGACUUAAUUUGUACCAUAAAACAAUGUAAGCAUUUUUCCUUCUUUGAACUUCUGUGUAUAAUUGCAUGGUUGAUCCAAUUGUACUUGUUGGUUAUUGUAGGCUAGCUUAAUUGUACUUGUUGGUUAUUGUAGAGAUCAAAUGAAUACUUUGUAUCUUAUAUUACACUCCUUCAUACGUACCCGAAGCUAGUAUUCCCUCAUCAUUACUAAUGGAAUACUAUUUUCGCUCAUCAUUACUAAUUGAUGAAAUGAAUGUGC